ACUUUCCGUCAACGCGGUGCGAUUUACGGCAUUCGGCCCCCACAAGGUUUAAAUAGGCAAACUUAGCUCUUUAGUCGUCAUCAAUGUUAGCAUCGCUGCAGAUGGAUUCGUCGACGAAUUAUUUUAGAAAAUAAGCGAGCCGAUUCGCAUGUAUGACUAAAAGACAGACAGCCAUUCACUGGACUUUCAAUUAAACUUGGUUGAGGACUUCCUGCCCGUAAGGAUGAAAAAGAUGUCAGUGGGAGAGAAAAUUGCUUCAAGCAGGCUGAACCAUUGGGUGGAUCCAUCUUUCACUGAUUUGUCAGCGGUGAACUCGUCUGCUUUUGGAAAGAAAAGGGGUUGCCACGUUUUGGGUUCCAAAGCUGAAGUCAAGAGGCCCCGAAAGAGGAAAGGAGAGACUUGCAGCGCAGACCCACACACAACCUACUUAAAACACUCUGGCCACCACGACCAGGAUGAAGCCUGGGUGGACAGACACAUGGCGUGUUCAAAGGCUGAGCUUGCGGUACACAAGAAGAAGAUCGAAGAAGUGGAGAAUUGGCUGAGAGCCCAUACAAACACGUCACAGGGUGGUAUAUUACUGCUGACCGGACCAUCAGGCUGCGGAAAAACUGCUACAGUACAAGUUUUAUGUCGUGAGCUGGGAGUAAGGAUCCAGGAAUGGACCAAUCCAACAAGCCUGGACUCGUACACAGAUAUUCACCAUGACUGGAAAAUGAACAUUUUCCCCAGUAGCUCGCAGUCAACCCAAUUCCAAGAGUUUAUCCUGAGGGCCAACAAGUAUAACUGCCUGAAGAUGAUUGAUGACUGCAGCGCUCCGGACAUGAAGCUCAUAUUGGUGGAGGAAUUCCCAAACCACUUUUACCGGCAGCCUGGCAGUCUACAUGAUAUUCUCAGGUGCUUUGUGAAGACCAGUCGAUGUCCUCUGGUCUUCAUUGUGUCUGAUAGCCUGAGUGGCGACAGUAGCUCAAGAUUCCUUUUUCCAAGAGAAAUCCUGGAUGAGCUGGACAUCAGUAGCAUCAGUUUUAAUCCAGUGGCUCCAACCACCAUGAUGAAGGUCCUGACUCGAAUUGCAACUCUUGAGAGGGGGAAGCAGAGCAGUGGAAGAGUCCCAGUCCCAGAACAGGCAGUGUUGGAGAUGUUGUGUGCAGGAAGUUCAGGAGACAUUCGCAGUGCUAUUAACAGCCUGCAGUUCUCCUCCAUCCCAGACACUUCUUUGGCAAAAGAGAUGUUGUGGAGGGACAAACGGUUGACUACACAGUGUAAGGCAGCUUCCAAACCCACCCUGAGGAAGAAGUCCAAGUCAACAAAGGUGAAAGACGAAGAACAAACUGUUGGGAUGAAGGAUGCUUGUCUGUUCCUGUUCAGAGCACUGGGAAAGAUACUGCACUGCAAAAGGGGACGUUCUGAUGGUGCUGAAAGUUCCUGCGUGCUUGAUUUACCAGCACAUCUUUGUCAGCACCACAGAGAAUCAUUACAAGUGGACCCUGAGUUUGUUGUAGAACGUUCACAUAUGUCCGGGGAGUUCUUCAACCUUUACCUCCACCAGAAUUACCUGGAUUUCUUCUCAGAGAUUGAAGAUGUGGAUAGAGCCAGCGAGUACCUGUCUGAUGCCGACCUCCUGACAUCUGACUGGACGAGUCGUAGUGUCUUGGGAGAGUAUGCAUCUUCAGUGGCCACCAGGGGGCUUCUCCACUCCAACUCCCAACAAGUAUCUGUUGGUUUCAGACCCCUUCACAAACCGCAUUGGCUGCUCAUCACCAAGAAGCACCGGGACAACUGCCUGGUUGCUCAGUGCUUAUUUCGGAGCUUCUGCAUGACGCCGGUCAGCCUUCAGACUCAGUUGUUACCAUACCUGGCCAAGCUCACCAACCCCUUGAGGAACCAAGGCCAGAUAGCAUUCAUCCAGGAUGUAGGUCACAUGUCACUGAAGAGGUUUCCUGGCAGGUUAAAACUGGAAGCCCUGGCAGACAAAGAACCGGGGCAGCUGGACAUGGAUGAUGAUGAUGAUGAUAAGGAGGUAGAAUUUUUACAGGAUAGAUCUGAGGAAGGUCUACCAGCCAGUCAACCUCAGCCCCCAACAAGCAUUCUAGAAGAAGAAGACGACGACGACGUGAGCAUUGAGGAAUACAGUAGUGAUGAAUACAGCCAACACUUACCAUAAUGUGUAAUGUGUCUUUCAUUGUCAUUGCUUGUGCUUCUGAAAAGAAUUCCUCUCCAAAAAGUUGCACUUCAAUAUUGGAGUCCUUCAUGUACAAUAAAUAACAUUAUGGAUGAUAUGUUCAUAUUUCCAUGCUUAUACAGUAGACGCCCCUACAACAUAAAUAAUUCAUUCCGAGAACCUUUAUGUUAUAGGGAUUUUAUGUUAUACAAAGCGUAAAAUACAUGUAAAUAGCCUAAUCCAUUCCAAACUCACCCCUUUGGGCCUUCAAAAUAUUCAAAGUCCACCAAAUAUGGUGGGAAAAUAUAAGAAAACGUUAGCCUAAACAUAGUAUGGUAACAUUCCAAUAUAAAAUAAGAUAAGAUUACUGUAAAUGAAUAAAACUGAAAAACAAAAAACAUGACAAACGCACACGCACUACACAAUAAUGCUGUGUGCAAAAUUUUAAUUUGUAACUUAACUUAAUUGUUUAGGUUAGUUUCAGGGGGACUGUGUUAAAUUAAAAACUAACAAGGAUGAUUUAAAACAUAAUAUAACAUAUUACAAAUUUAAAUUAGACAUAAAAUGUCAAAAAUCUGUUAAAAUAUGUUCAUUGAAAAGAAGAAAACAUGUACCGGUAUAUUUAUUUCAAAAUGUUAAAUAUAAUAUAAUAUUAAAUCAUUUUACAAAAAAUAUAUAUAUUAAAAGUUAUACAUUAAAAAUAGGACAAAAGUUUAUAUUGCACACUUUAGGGACACCCUGUAUACACUGCGUCCACAAUUAUUAGGCAAUUUUGCAUUAUUGAUUAUUAGUUUUAUUAUUCAACAGUAACAGUGCUCUUGGUCAAUCCAAAAUGUUAGUAAACCUCAAACUUGAAUAUUUAUUUAAGGAAGUGAAAGUGAGGUUUUGGCUUUUGUUGAGAAUAUCUCCGUGUGCAGAAUUAUUAGACAACUCAAAGAAAAACAAAAAUAUUCCCAUCUCACUGUUGUAUUUUCAUUUUUUAAAGUCAGAAUGAUAAAUAACAAUGCCAACUUCACAAAGAAAUACAGUCAAACCUGUCUUAGCGGCCACCUUUAUAGAACGGCCACCUGCCUAUGGCAGCCACUGAAAAAUCCCCCGGAGCAAAUUUACAUGUUAUAGACCCUGUGUAUAGCAGUCACCUGUCUAACACGGCCAGCGGCCACCCAUUUUGUCUCCCUUGGUCAAUAUCUGACCGCAUAUAGCGACCAAAUUACCGACUCAAGUAGAAGUUUCAUGUACAAAAAAGUUUUGUUUUCAAUCAAUGAAGCCAUCGUGUGUAGACUUUAAUUACUGAGUCCUAGCUCAGUCACGAUCCACACAAACUGUCAGUUGUUCCACAUAAAAAAGCCGUCUUCUUUUGAGCUUGCUAUUUCCUGGUCAGACAUGUAACUUUAAGAGCAUUUGCACCAAAACAUUACCGCAAAGUAGGCUGGGAACAGGACGUGCUCCCAGCGACGCUACAAUUAAAAAAAAAACAUACGCUAGCAUGCAUGCGGCAGCGGGAGCAAAACUGAGUUUGGUUGUACUUAAUUGAAGUAUUUUAGAAUGUACUCACUUUAUUUUUGAUCAAUCCUCAUCCACAAAUCCAUCAAAGUCCUCAUCUUCUGUAUUCGACACAAACAAAGCCGUCUUCUUUUCCGUUCGCUACUAGUCUGUUAACUUGUCAGUGUUAUUCAGCUCCGAAGCAAAGAAGGAAACUUCUCCUGUUUCUUCUGCCAACUUUAUUUAUUGAACGCGGCCACCAGACAGCAGCUCAGAACACACACACAUCUCUCAGCAUCGUCUCUCCUUCCUGCUUGCCCACAAGGCAAAGGUUAAACAAGCCCCACUACAUAGCUGUCCAGCCAAUGCCUGUAACAAGUGACACCGUUUAUUUCCUGGUGUGCACUGGUCAAUACUGUAAUGCCGCUUGUUGUGGGGAAGGAGAGACUCACAUCGCCGAUGCACUUUAAUGGCUUUAUUAACAGCGGACAACACUGCAGGACUUUACAUCCACGCCAACAGAAACACACUUCCCAACUCUCUCGAAACUCACAGCUAGCACUGAGCCUAGCUCUCCUGCUCGGGACGCCCACCGUCACUUCCCGUCACUUCCUGAUGAACUAAAGCUGUAAUGACAACUCUGCCGUAUAAAAAGUAAAAUAUUAAAAACAAGCGUAAGACAUUACUAGCACAGCUUUGUUCUGUGGGUCGUGGAUAUAUUCUAUCAGUUAUUAAGCCUCUAGCUUCCUUUUAGUAAGUAAAAACCUUGGCUAUGAUUGCACUACAUUGUCAUGUAGACCUACAAAGUACACUUGGAAGAACAAGAGGUGAAUAAAUGUAUUGCAACUGAUGAGGGGUAGGAUUAAAUAAGCCUUUUUGGACAUGCAAAAUUGUGAAUUGUACUAUGUGAUGUGCUACUGUUUGACUCAUAUGCAUGUUCAGGAUGAAUUAAAACCAUGAACCAUGAACCAUGAUAAUAACAAGCCUAGUAGUGCUGUACAACUUUUAUUCGCAGUCCGCAGUGCCCUCUACUGGUCAACAUUAUUAUUAUUAUUUUUUCCCUUUUUUUUUCUCUACUGGUCAAUAUUCAAACUGGACGCCAACCUGUCUAUAGAGGCCACCUGUCUAUAGCGGCCACUUUUGCAGACUCCCUCUAGUGGCCGCUAUAGACAAGUAAGACAAAAAUAAAUCGGUGACCAAUAGAGCCACCCUUUCUUUCUAUAACACGGAAGAGCUUUCCUUCCAUAGAGUCUGUCAGUUUCUUGAUCAUUUUACCAUCAACUUUUUGUGCAGCAGCAACCAAAGCCUCCCAGACACUUCAGAGUGGUGUACCUUUUUUCUUCACUGUAAAUCUUACAUUUAAUGGCCCACAAGUAGUCAACAGGGUUUAGGUCAGGUGAGCAAGGAGGUCAUGUCAUUCCUUUUAAGACCUUUAUAGCUAGCCAUGCAGUGGAGUACUUGGAUGCAUAAGAUGGAGCAUUGUCCUGCAUAAAAAUCAUGGUCUUGAAAGAUGCACACUUUUUCCUGUGCCACUGUGUGAAAAAUUGGCCAUGUCUCUCAGCACUGAACACCAUCUACCGUACUUCUGGACACUUCAGGUAGAUUACAGUUCUGGAAUAUGACAGCACUUGAGGAUAAUGGGUUCCUGGGAGCUUCACGUGUAAUUUUUUUCAAAUAUUUGGCAGUUAAUUUGCAUAUUUUUCUUUCAACAUGUUUCCUGCGACCUAAUAUCUUGGCAAUUUCAAGAGUGGUGCAUCCCUAUGAAAGAUGUUUUACAGUUCUUGACUUUUCAGAGUCUGUUAAAUCUCUUUUCCGUGCCAUUUUGGCAGAGGAAAAGAAACUGCCUAAUAAUUGUGCACGCCUGAUAAAGGGUGUUGAUCUCCUAAGGCCACACCCUCUCUCAGUACACGCAUGCACAUCACCUGGUAUGCUUAAACCCAACAGGCAUUCAAGUUUAUUCAGCUUGUGGUUGGAAAAUAUGCAUAAAAAUAAAUGUGCAUACAGUGGAGUCGAAUAUUCCAUAGGGAAGAUGCAUUGUCACACUAAUAUGAAAGACUCUGCCAUGGACAUAAUAAAGA